UUUAGUUCGAUUUGCAAAAUAUCGUUAAUAAAAAAUAAAAUAACAUAUGUUUUACAAGCUAGCCGUUAUUUUAUUUAUAACUAUUCAGUUAUUAAUUUAUUUGCCACUGAAGUUUCUCAUCAACGCGAUCAUUAUGAGUUUGAGAGACGACGAACAAUGUAGUGAUGAUGAAGUAUUCUACGGAAAGUUAAGUCUCGGAGAACUUAAACACAUGUUUAUUAGCCACCAAAAUAAUCGACAAACUAUAGCGGCUAACGAGCACCUUGAAGAUGACAAUCAUGACACGAGCCUCAAACUUAUAUCAACUCAUUCAGAACCUGAUAUUACAUCAAACCGUAAUCAUGAAUUAUCACCUGAAAACAUUCCAAAAUCAAUGUCGAAUACAACAUUAUCCCCUGAUGAACCGAAUUUAUUCCAAAACUGGGAUGUUACAAACAGCUUCUUAAAUUUAGAAAAAAUGGUAGAAAAAUCGUGUGACACCUCAAGUAAGGAGUUUGAUAAUACUCUCGAGGAAAUAGAAUACAUUUUGAAAAACACGCCUAAAUCAAAGAAGAAAACAGCCAAUACUGAUUGCAAAGAAGCUAAGAGCAAAGAAACUGAAAUUGAGAGAAAUCAAGUUACUAACCAAGUAAAUAAAGCAAAAGUGGCUAACAAUGCAAAACUCUCAGCUGUAAUAACCCCUAUGAAGCAAGUCCAGAAAGAGAAGGAAGUAUUUGCUACACCAUCAUCUGUGCUUCAUACAAAACCCACCUUAUGUAAAACACCAGCCAACCCUUCAUUAUUCAAGAAACCAUCCACAUCCUCAGUAAAAAAAACUCCCAGCAAAAACAAUGCAUUUCAGCAUGUUGCUAGUCCUGUAGCCUAUUACAUCAACAACAGUCCACAAAUUCCAUUGAUACAGAAUGUGCAUCCUAAGAAAACUCUAUCAUCCAUUCCAAAGCUUGUGAAGAGCUCUACCUUGAAGUCAAGUAAUAAAGAGAAUGUAAAUCUUCCUUCUGUUGCAUAUAAAAGUGCAAAGAAAACUACAGUGAUUGAUGUUUCAAAUGCACCCAAGAUGCCAGAAAGUCAAUGGGCAAAGAAAUUGACUAAAUCUUUACCAAGGCCGGCAGUCAUAAAACAUACACACAGAGAGAAAGACUUCUUCAAUAAACAACUACUAAAGAAGCCAGAAGACAGUUUUGGGGACUUGUCACUCCAUCAAGCUGAUAUAUCCGUUUGCACUAAGAAAGCUGCUUUCUAAGCUUGGCCUAUUUAUUAUGUUGGUAACUGUUUGACUGAUUUAGUAUCUGUAUUUUAAUUAGUUAAUAGUUUUUUUUUGUUUUACGAAUUUAUUGUUAGAAUUGGCAUUGUUUGAAAGGUUUGAAUAAAUGUAGUUUUACUCAUUAUAAUUCAA